AUGGGCAAAAAAUUUAAUCAUUCAGAAAGAUUUCCUAAUAACCCUUUGCUCAUGUGUAUAUGCGGUAGUUCCGGUUCUGGGAAAACUCAUCUCACUUUUAACAUGUUGACAACACCAAACCUUUUAGAUUUCGAUUCUUUGUAUAUCUACACAACAACACCUGAGCAAUCGUAUUAUCAAUUUCUCAAAGCUUUAGAAUAUUUACCAAAGAAAGAUGUUCAAGACCUAUUUCAAUAUUACGAAGAAAACGAAGAAGAAAUGGAAAUAAAAGAUAUCAUAGAUAACUACAUCGAAGGAAAGAAACCAACGGAUAUAAAAGUUUUUCUUACGAAAAAUGUUAAUGACCUAGAUUUGUCUAAUAUUGAUAGCAAACGAAAGAACUUAAUAUUGUUUGACGACUGCGUUGCGCAAAGAAAUCGGGCUGUUCAUCAAGAAUUCUUCACGAAGGGAAGACAUCACAACUGUCACUGCAUAUAUCAAUCCCAAUCUUUUACGGUAUGGAUUCUAUGUUUUAUUAUUUGA